AUGGACCAAGGAAACAAAUCAAGAGUGACUGAAUUUAUAUUGCAAAGCCUUUCAGGGUCUCGAGAGCUACAGCUUUUCUAUUUUGCAUUUUUCACACUUUUCUAUUCAUCCAUUGUACUGGGGAACUUCCUCAUUGUGCUUACAGUCAUAUCUGAACCUGCGCUGCAUACGCCCAUGUACUUCCUGCUCAGUAACCUGUCCUUCAUUGAUGUGUGCUUAUCCACAUUUGCUACCCCCAAAAUGAUUGUUGACUUCCUUAUGGAGCGUAAAGUUAUCUCUUUUGAGGGCUGCAUGGCCCAGAUCUUUUUUCUGCAUGUCUUUGCUGGUGGUGAAAUGAUGCUUCUUGUGGCCAUGGCAUAUGAUAGAUACGUAGCCAUCUGUCGACCCCUGCACUAUGGAACCAUCAUGAGUGCACGGAAGUGCACAAGUCUUGUGGUGGGCUCCUGGCUCAUUGGGGUUCUGCACUCAGUGAGUCAGUUGGCCUUCACGAUAAACCUUCCAUUCUGUGGCCCCAAUAAAGUAGACAGUUUUUUCUGUGACCUUCCCCUAGUUAUCAAACUUGCCUGCACUGAUACUUUUACUCUUGAGAUAAUGAUGCUUUCAGACAGUGGUCUAAUGGCCAUGACAUCCUUUGUGCUGUUACUGAUCUCUUACACUGUCAUCCUAGUCACUGUUCGCAGGCGAUCCUCAGGAGGCAUGGCAAAAGCAAAGGCUACUCUGUCUGCCCAUAUCUCUGUGGUGACUCUGUUCUUUGGACCCUGCAUCUUCAUUUAUGCUUGGCCUUUUAGCAACUUCCCAGUGGAUAAGGUCCUCUCAAUAUUUUAUACAGUUUUCACCCCUCUUCUAAACCCUUUAAUCUACACCUUGAGAAAUAAAGAAGUAGUAUUAGCCAUGCAAAAACUAAGGAGUUGGCAAGUGAGGACCUGGUGGUCUCCUAGCUGUCUGUUGUGA